CGUAAAAUGGUCCGACUGGAAACGUGUUCUUGUUUAUGGUUGUGGAGCAGCUACGUGAUCUGCAGCUGAUUCGUCGCUCUUGAGCUUUUUAAACCGAAACACAGAGGAUUCCGAUGUUUGUCUGGAAAUGGACGGUGCACCUUGUCUUCGUGUGUCUCAGUGUCACACACAACAGCUCAGGAUGUGUCUGCAGUCCAGAGGGGCUCUAGAUCCGAGUUUGAAUCUAUUGAAGGACCCAGAUGGAACAGUUCUCUUACCCAUAUCACCGUCCUGUGUGUCACAACUGGAUCUGCACUCUCUCAGAAGCAUGGUGGCCUCAGACAGCACAUGUGAACUGGUCUGGAGUCAGGCAAAGAAAGAGAAGGGAAAGACGAGUGGCAGUAAACUUGAAAAACUCCUCCAGGAUCUGUUGGUGUCUCAUGGUGAAAGAUGGACAGAGGAGAUGAGGGCGGACCUCCCUCGCAGCUUCCAGAGGCACGGAGACCUCGUCCUGCUGGGGGACGGCUGUUUCUCCCUCCCUCUGUGGAAGGAAAUGGAUGGACAGUUAUGGAGCGCAGUGGCUGAAGGGCUGGGGGCAAAGCGUUUGGCAAAGAUGAGUCGAAUUUCCAGGGAUGGAUUUAGGUCUCCAACUGUGACGAUGCUGAUGGGGGAGCACAGCUGGGUCAAACAUGUGGACAAUGGUAUCAGGUAUGAGUUUGAUGUCACCAAAUGUAUGUUUUCAGCUGGAAACAUAACAGAGAAGCUGCGUGUGGCUGGAUUGGACUGCACAGGAGAGACUGUGGUGGAUUUAUAUGCAGGUAUCGGAUACUUCACUCUCCCAUACCUGGUCCAUGCUGGGGCCAGCCAUGUUCAUUCCUGCGAGUGGAACCCUGAUGCUGUUGAAGCUUUACAGAAAAACCUGGAGGCCAAUGAGGUGUCUGACCGCUGCACAAUUCACCAAGGAGACAACCGAGAGCUCCAGCUGUGUGACAUUGCUGACCGCGUCAACCUGGGUCUCAUACCGAGCUCGGAGGGCAGCUGGCCUGUCGCCUGUCGCUUGCUGAAGAGAACAACUGGGGGCAUUUUGCACAUUCACCAGAACGUCACCUCACCGUUACCGAACACUGCAUCCAUUCCAGCAAUCAAUGAUGCCGCCCACAGGGUUUCUGGGAAGAAAGCCGACAGAGAGGCGUGGCGGGCCUGGGCUGAUGACACAGCAAACCACAUUGCUUCUCUUUUGAGGGACAUCAGUGGUGCAUCCUGGUUGACAAACAUCCAGCACAUAGAGCAUGUGAAGUCAUAUGCACCUCAUGUGCACCAUGUUGUGCUGGACCUGGAGUGCAGACCUUUGUGAGCUGAAGACACAGAUACAGAGAGGACACAGUGGCUCUGAACUUUUAAAUAUACUGAAGUUGCUUUUUUUUAAAAGAAGAAAUAGCUUGAGGAUUCAAAGUGAACGACUCCAGCUGGUUUCUAUGAUUAUUUUAUUGGCAGUUGGUGAAAUCUGCUGCUCCAGUGUUUUUCUAAAACCGGGGGCACAUUGAGCAUAUAUGUUGUUUUUUUUGUUUUUUUUCCCUCAAAAACACUCAUGCAGUUUUAAUUACAUGGAAGCUGCCCAGCUUUACCCCGACCACAGCCUUAUCUGCCUUAUCUGCUGACUGGAGAACUUAACUGGAGCAUUAGUAGGCACAGGUUCAAAGAAACCUCACUGUUCUGUUAAACUCACUGUUUUUCUCUCUGGUGUUGAAAAGAAAAGGUGUACGCCCAGACAUAACUCACAUUCCAUGCACAAUUGUGCUGAAAUAUUUAAUAAUUAAUGAAUACAGGAACAUCCAAAGCAUUAAACUCCAAUGUUCUGACUUUUUAAACUACAGGAUUCAUAUAUCUGGCUUGGAAAGGAAAGCCACCUUGAGAAAUGACUGUCUUGUUAAUGUAUCUUUGGAACUACAGGAGGACAGAGUUCAUUUUUACAUGGUAGUUUCACUUCUGAGCUGUAGGAGGGUUACAAAUUAAAGGAAAAACCCUCACACCUUAAUGAGAAGUGAAACGAUGUGAAUCAUAUGAUCUGGCCCUUUCACUCAUCAGAUCUAAACCCAGUUGAACAGCUGAAGCAGAUUUUUGAUCCAAAUAAGGGAAUAUCUUCUGGUUGAACGGCGUUCAUCCUUCCAGUAGUAAUCUAUGCCAAAGAGCACUGAAGCUCUUAAAAUGACUUGUGGUGGAUUAACAUGUUUCUAAGAAAGUUGAUGCUGUAUUUCUUUGGUCAUCCUUCUGCAUGAGCAUUAUCAGUCAUGGAAAUAUAAAGUCUAUAUAUGUCCCAAAAAAUGUUUCAUAUCAGUCAAUAUAUCAUUUUUUGGGUAGAUGAUGUUGGGUAGAUGAAAACUUUAAGACUGUUGUAACUUUACAGGUAAGGUGGCCCUGAAGAGCUAAUCACAAAGGCAAAUCACAAAACACAACAGCAAACAAGUCCAG